AUGAUUCAGAGCGACGACACUCCUGGGACAGUGUCGGCAAGGAUGGCUCACACCAUUUCAAAGUACAACCCAAGAGAUGUGGAAAUAUUGUUGGGAAAAUGGUGUACUCCCGAUUAUCAAGCUUAUUGCCAGCACAUGAAAGACAUACGCAAACAGAAUGAAAUACCGCAUUACACAGGCUCGAAGAGCUUAGCAAGAGUCGCACAUGAGGAGUUUAUUAGUUCAGGCAAGACUCCUACACGAGCGGUCACGUAUAUCAAGUCCCAUACAAAGUCAGAUGGUAGCCGUCCAAAUCCGGUGGCCGCAGAGAGAAUCGCUCGGAUGGAAGAGUUAUUGCCAAAUGACCCUGCGGAGCAGGUAGAAGGGCCCCAAGGCACAAUUAGGUGGACACCGGAUGAUGCUUAUGCUCAGGCGCACAACAAUAAGCCAGAGUAUGCGGGUCGUGUCCGUGGAGUCAGUAAGAAUAUCUUGCCCGCACCUGGCACUAGCUACUCAUACUAUACACCGUCCCAAACACGGUCACAGAACCGGGGCGGCCCGAUGAUAUCGCGCGAAGAAUUUGAAAGAGCCAUGCAAUCAGAGAGGGAGAAGCAUCGUCACGAAAUGGAUGAGCGGCUGACGCAGCAGAGUGAGGAAAUUACUGCUUCGGUGACUGCGGCGGUGUCUGCACGGGUUGCUGAGCAGGUGGCUGCUCAGAUGGCUACUCUGAUGGCUGCUCAGAUGGCAGCGUAUGAGGCCCGGAUUCGCAGCCUUGAGGGGUCGAGACGUAUGGGCUCCGAUUUGGAGGUGACGACUACCCGGAAUCCACAAGAUGCGGAGUCCCCAGCCCGAGUGAUUGUGAGAUCCUCAGUUGAUAGCAGAUCAGAUGACGUAAGAGUAGAAGCUGAGGACGAUCAUAAUGACACCACAGAUCAGACGCCGGUUGGUCAGAAGUCUCUUAAUGCGGCGCAGAUGAUUGAUCACGAUGAUUUGUGUAUUAUGAUGUUGUAUUGA